UUCGAGCGGUUCACAGUCGGUUUGAUGUACAAAUCUUGAUCGGAAUGAUUCAGUCGCUUGGAUGGCGUCGUCAUACUCGUCGGUUGGAUACCCUGGACAGUUGUUGACCGUGUUGAUUAGUUCGUCCCGGGAGUCACGUGGUCACGUGGUCACGUCGUCACGUCCCUAGAACGUCCCGGCGGGGUAACUCGAUCAUGGUGGAAGCCGAGGUGGGUGGGAAAUGCCCCCCGUCCUUGGCGCCCACCAUGCAGGACUUCCACAUCCUCAAGCCCAUCAGUCGCGGCGCCUUUGGCAAGGUCUUCCUGGGCACCAAGUCCGUGGUUUCGCAAGGCCAGUCCCGACCUUUGUACGCCAUCAAGGUCAUGAAGAAGUCCGAGGUGGUGGACAAGAACAUGGUGUCGCAAGUGAUCGCCGAGCGCAACGCUUUGGCCUUGACCAAGUCGCCGUUUUGCGUCAACCUUUUCUAUUGUCUGCAAUCCACCGACCACGUCUACUUGGUCAUGGAAUACCUCGUGGGCGGCGACCUCAAGUCCCUGCUCAGCAUGUACGGCUUCUUCGACGAGGCCAUGGCCCGCUUUUACAUCGCGGAAAUGGCCUUAGCCUUGGCCUACUUGCACCGCCGACAGAUCGUGCAUCGCGACUUGAAACCCGAUAAUGUGCUCUUGACCAAUCACGGCCAUAUCAAACUCACCGAUUUCGGCUUGAGUCAGGUCCAGGUGGAGCGCGAGCUGCAGAUUCAAGACCUGAUUCCACACACGCCCGGCUGGACCGCCACGCAGCUCCACCGCACGCCCGGUCAGAUCCUGAGCUUGACCUCGCAUUUGCGCUUCCGCGGACCCGAGACCAGUCUGUUGAGCGCCUCCACCUGCUCCGACCAGACCGCGUCCUGGUGUGUCCACAGCCAGCCGCCCCUUUCGCCGAAUACCACCUCUCAGAGUGCGGGGCCGUUCUCGCCCGACCUCUCGCCCUUGAGUCCGCUUAAGCCGCGCGUCCGGCUGACCAGUGGGUGCCAUUCCGCGCCCUCUCAACCGCCCGGACCCCACAGUCCUCCGACCGGGCUGAAUCGGACGCGACGCACCCAAAAUGAGACUACCUCCGAGGAUCAGACCACCCCGCCCACCGGUCAACGCCGAUUGGUGCGGAAAAAGUCUUGCAUCGAUGCCUUUGAAGUCUCGUCCGAGCUGGCGGGUUUGGCCCAACUCCGGGUCAAUCCCGUGCAGGCGGAGAGCGGUCGGAAACGCGGCAAACCCAUGCUACUGGAUUUCCAGGACUCGCCCGGAUCCGAGCCUCAACCCGCCAAGAUCCCUAAGUUGCUGGCCAUGAACGAGCCCCCCCUGACCAAUCAUACUUCGCCUAAAUCGCCGGAUUCCGAUACCCAUGACGCUAGUUUCGAGAGUUGCGAAUCUGGCUCGCUGUCGGUGACCUCGGCCAAUAAGGAGAACCAACCCCAGGCCCCGCCUCCACCCGAGGCGGGUGCCCUGAAAUUUUCCACGCCCACGCAGAAUGGUCCAGAGCUCGCGCGCAACGUGCGCUUCAUCAUGUCGCCCAAAACUCCGAUCGAGUUGAGUCAACUGGAUGAAGCCGUGAACAAAUUCGGUUUGAGUUUUAGCGGCCUCAUGGAUUGGCGGACGAGUAGUCUGGCUCCGUUGCCGACCGAGUCUCCCGCCCACCGGCGAUGGCCACCCCUUCUCAAUGACACGCCUAUUGAAACUCCUUUGAAGGCUCACACCCCAUUUCGAACGCCCAAGAGUCUGAAGAAGUCCACCGGAUCCAUCAUGCGGGAAAGAAUCCUGGGCACCCCGGAUUAUCUGGCCCCUGAGUUGUUGCUCCACCAACCGCACACGGAGGCCGUCGAUUGGUGGGGCUUAGGGGUGUGUCUGUACGAGUUCCUCACGGGCGUACCCCCAUUCUCAGAUGAAACUCCAGCGUUAGUGUUCCAAAACAUUCUUAAUCUCAAUAUGGAGUUCCCUGAAGGUGAAGAGGCGUUGUCAGAACCCGCGGUUCAGGCUGUUCGAGCUCUGCUAACUUUGGAUCCCGAGCAAAGGGCCAAUUUUCAAACCAUGCAGGACUCGUUGCCGUUUUUCGGAUCUGUGGCAUGGGACAAGAUCCUGGAGGAAAAAGCGCCUUUCGUGCCACAACCCGACGAUGACACGGACACGGGUUACUUCGAAGCCCGAAAUAACAUGUUGCAUCUCAAAGUCUCCGAAGUCAUUGAACAUUGAAAUUCCUAUGCCUUAUGUGCUUAUCAAGUCUGUUCUAAUUACAUCAUAAAUGCAAAAAAAUAGAUUACUUUUAAUACCGUA